UUCUUCUUUUCCUCCAUUCUUCUGUAAAAGGGGAAACAGAGAGGGGAAGGGAAGAGAGGAGAGAGGAAAACGCAGAAGAUGCUUUACUUCAACCCCCAAAUUAUCCUAUUGAAAGUCUCUCCUCUCCGAUCUCCUAAUCCUCAUUGCUUUCCCAAAUGCUCCAAUUUCUCGGCACCCAUUCGCUGGUCUUUGCUUCAGUUUUCAAACCAAACACAGACAUUCGAACCAAUUGUAUGUGCAAGAAGGAACAGAAGGCGAUCUGGGUCCUCAUUAUCGACAAAGUUCAUCCUCGAAUCAAUGUGGGUCAUCGCAUCGAAUUUGAAAAUCUUACCGGAGCCCUUGAAUUUGGUUGUUUCAGAACUCUGUGCUGGGAAUGGUAAUGGUGGUGGACUGGGGUUUCGGAAGGGUUUUGGAGGAGGAGGAGGAGGCUUUGAUGGUUGGAGAGGAAGGAAGAGACGAUUAGGGCUAACGCUCUUUGGGUUGAUUAUGGUUUUUGGUUUUGCUGUGUUGAUUGGGCGAGAACUAGGAACUGAAUAUUUUUGGGGGUUUUUAGGGUUUCUCUAUUUGGGUUUUCCAUUGGAGGGUGGAAGAGAGGGUUCAAAGAUUGGGUUUUAGGGUUUUGCUGCUGUGCAGUUUUGAUGGGUUUAGGGUUGAGGAAUAAGGAAGUGCUGAAAUGGCUUGAAAGGUCUAGGGUUUGUUCUCCAAUUAUGAAUGUUGCAAGGAGAAGAAGAAGAAAAAUAAAACCAUAAAUCAAAUUUGUUACAUUCGUUUACCUUGUAAUAAGAUAUUGCUUAUUUAUUUAUUUUAUCAAUCUCUCCGACAA